AUGACUGUCUACACCAGCGGCUACACUAGCGGCAACUACGAGGCCUUUGCUCGUCCCCGCAAGCCUGCGGGCGUCGAUGACAAGACGGCUUGGUUCGUUGGCGCUGGCAUUGCCUCCCUUGCCGGCGCCGCUUUCCUCGUCCGCGACGGCCAGAUGGAUGGUAGCAAGAUCACCAUCCUUGAAGAGGGUAGCCUUGUCGGCGGUGCCCUUGAUGGCAUUAAGGAGCCCAAGUCUGGAUUCGUCGUUCGCGGCGGUCGCGAACUCGAGGACCACUACGAAUGCCUGUGGGACCUCUUCCGCUCAAUCCCCUCCCUCGAAAUCCCCGACGCCAGCGUCCUGGACGAGUUUUACUGGCUCAACAAGGACGACCCGAACUACUCGCUUUGCCGUGUCACGCACAACCGUGGUGAAGACGCCAAAACCGAGAACCUCUUUACCUUGAGCGACAAGGCCCAGAAGGAGGUUCAGCACGUCUUCCUUGCUCCUCGCGAAGAGAUGGAGAACAAACGUAUCAACGAGGUGUUUACCUCAGAGUUCUUCAAGUCCAACUUUUGGAUCUACUGGCGGACCAUGUUCGCUUUCGAGGAGUGGCACUCGGCCCUCGAGAUGAAGCUCUACCUCCACCGCUUCAUUCACCACAUCAGCGGCCUCCCUGACAUGUCUGCACUCAAGUUCACCAAAUACAACCAGUACGAAUCAUUCGCCCUUCCCCUUCGCAAAUACCUUGAGGACCGUGGUGUCAAGUUCCAGUUCAGUACAACUGUGACGGACGUCGACUUCGACAUCACCGAGCAGCGCAAGCAGGCGACCCGUAUCCACUGGACGGUGCGCAAAGAGGACGGCCCGGACGAGGUGGGCGGUGUUGAUCUCGGUGCCAACGACCUCGUCUUCGUCACCAUCGGCUCCUUGACCGAAAACUCGGACAAUGGUGACCACCACACUGCGGCAAAACUCAAGGAGGGUCCGGCGCCCGCCUGGGAUCUCUGGCGCCAUAUCGCCGCCAAGGACACAUCAGGCGCAUUCGGCAACCCCAAUGUCUUUGGUGCCCACAUCCCCGAGACCAAGUGGGAAGCUGCCACCGUCACGACUCUCGACAAGCGCAUCCCUGCGUACAUCCAGAAGAUCUGCAAGCGCGACCCGUUCUCCGGCAAGGUCGUUACUGGUGGCAUCGUCACGGCCAAGGACUCGAAGUGGCUGCUGAGCUGGACUGUCAACCGCCAACCUCACUUCAAGAACCAAUCUCCGAACGAGAUUGUGGCUUGGGUCUACGCCCUAUUCGUGGACACCCCUGGCGACUACGUCAAGAAGCCCAUGCAGGAAUGCACGGGCGAGGAGAUCACUCAGGAGUGGCUUUAUCACAUGGGUGUCCCUGAAGAGGACAUCCCAGAGCUUGCUGCCACAGGCGCCAAAACUGUCCCGAGCAUGAUGCCUUACGUCACAUCCUUCUUCAUGCCGCGCCAGAAGGGCGACCGACCCGACGUGAUUCCCGCCGGCGCCGUCAACUUUGCGUUCCUCGGCCAAUUUGCCGAGACCAAGUCCCGCGACUGCAUCUUCACGACAGAGUACUCGGUCCGAACGGCAAUGGAGGCUGUUUAUCAGCACCUCAAUAUCGAGCGAGGGGUCCCCGAGGUCUUCAACUCGACAUAUGACGUUCGCACCGUCCUUGCUGCGGCCACUGCACUGCGCGACGGGAAGAAGUUGCGUAUCCCUGGUCCCGACUUUGUCAACAGGUGGAUCUUCCGCCACCUUGAGGAGUCGUCAGUCAUUGGUGGUCUGAUGCUCGACGAGGGCCUUAUUCCCGAUGAGCGCACAAAGGACAGCAAGUAG